GUUUCCGGUCUCCCCGGGUCACAUGCUCCGUCAAGCUGGAUCAGCUGACACCACCCAAGCGCCUCCUGUCGAGCCUCCAUCGACCUGAUAGUCUUCUUUAAAACAAACCAACAAAAAAAAAAACGCCAUUAUCUCGUCGCUGGCGUCAACACAUUUGUGGAUCUGAAGCCGAUCCAGCGGGUUCCACGGCCGGGUAGAUGCUGCUAGAGUGGAUGAUGAACGGACACGCUAUCUUGUACACGGGGGUCACUUUGGCCUUCUGGACCACCAUACUAGUCGUCGGGCUCUGCUACACCAUCUUUGACCUGGGUUUCCGCUUCGAUGUGGCAUGGUUCCUGACGGAGACCUCUCCCUUCAUGUGGGCCAAUCUGGGCAUCGGCUUGGCCAUCUCUCUGUCUGUGGUGGGAGCCGCCUGGGGGAUCUACAUCACCGGCUCAAGCAUCCUCGGUGGCGGAGUCAAGGCUCCACGAAUCAAAACCAAGAAUUUGGUUAGCAUCAUCUUCUGUGAAGCAGUGGCCAUCUAUGGCAUCAUCAUGGCCAUCGUAAUCAGCAACAUGGCCGAGAACUUCACUGGAACCACCCCUGAGACCAUCGGGGCAAGGAACUACCAAGCUGGUUACUCCAUGUUCGGAGCCGGUCUGACCGUCGGCUUCUCCAACCUCUUCUGCGGCAUCUGCGUGGGCAUCGUGGGCAGCGGCGCCGCUCUGGCCGACGCCCAGAACGCCAACCUCUUCGUGAAGAUCCUCAUCGUGGAAAUCUUCGGCAGCGCCAUCGGCCUGUUUGGCGUCAUCGUGGCCAUUCUGCAGACAUCGAAAGUAAAGAUGGGCGACUAAGAAGAUGCGUUCACACGCUGAGAGAAAAAAAAGAAUAGAAGACGCUGCUGGAAAAAUAAGACGGAUUAUUGUGUAAAUACAUCGUAAAUUAUUUAAAUGUCUCUAUUUGCCCGGUAUUGUUUUUAACCCAUCAUUUAUGCAAGAGUGGUACGUGCACAUGCAUGUUGAAUAAGAGAAGUGUGUGUGUGUGUGUGUGUGGGGGUUGCAUUGAAUCGCCCUCAAAACUCACAGAUGGGUUGAUGGCAGUUUUUCCUCUGACCACUCUUGGAUAAAUUAUGAGUUUAAAAAUGACACUGGAGAAUUUGAAAAAAUAUUUCUGUGUGUGCUGGACAAGUGAUUUUUUUCUUUUUCAUGUGAAGCAUGAGGGUGUUUGCCAUUGUGGUUAUUACUGUAGCCUGGUCUGUCGGUUAUUUGUUGUUUGUUCUUUCUUUUUCUCACUUUUUGUAACUUCUUAUGCUCAUAAUAAGCAAGCCGGCCCCGAUACAGUAUUUAUGUUUGUCGUAGGCCUCUCUCGCUGUAGAAGUGUGUGUGUGUGUGUGUGAGAGAGAGAGAGAAUCUAUGAAGUUGAGGAUUGGGAAAACACUGAUCUGGAAUCAGCAGUGAGGUCGCCGGAGGGCUGGACGUGCUCUCAAUACGUCACCCGGUCCUUUACUUCCGAAGCUGCGAUAUCUCUCCGGUUGAAGCCAGUGAGCCUCCUCCUGUACACGGCCGGCGGCCAUGUUUACCCCCCGAGUCUCUGUUUGUUUUUAACCAGGUUUCCCUUUUCAGUAGUUUUUACAAAGGCGGCUUACUGGAGCGGUUCUGGAUACCCAAAAUAAUCCCUCUUUCUUUUCUUUUAUUUGCAGAUGCUCAAGUUUAAGUCAUAAUUGCUGCCCUCUUUCUGAAGUCACUAUUCAACCUUUUAAAUCAUCUUAGACAGGAAAGAGUCAUUUACUCUAGAGCGCCCCUCUGUUCCCAGUUAUUACCUUACACUCCGUAACAGUGAACAUCACCUGUAGUACAGGAGGUCUUUAGGGGUGAUGCUUUUGUAUAGACUGGUCCUCAAACCUCAGGUGGCACGGAGAGGCACACACAGACUCUAUGACAUCAUCAACUUCACGGGUGACGGCUUUUAAAAAAAAAAAAAAAAAAAUCCUUAUUUUACACACAAAUUCUACAAAUCCUCACUUUAUUUUAUUUUUUUAUGAAAACUGUCUUGUUUUUGAAUGUUCCUCUUAACAUGUUGGCUGUACAAAAUCCGCGUUCCCCAAUAUUUUCUAACAUUCCUUGACAGCUUAUCGUGUGUGUGUGUGUGUGUGUGUGUGUAAAGCCGAGUUGUAUUUGUGGGUAGAGUGCAAUUUGAAUGAUACAAUUUGACUUCUGCUAAAUCACAACAAAAGCCAUCAAAAACAAUGUUGUCAUGGAAGUUGUUGUGUACUUUUUUCUUUGGUGUCGGCACAGGCUGGUUAUGAAUCGUCUCAAAUCUUUAAUUUGUCCCCUUAAACCAGCUUGUGGAGUACACGCAUCGAAUCUUAAGGGGAGACUGAAGGUCUUUAAUGAGUCUAGACCUCGUCCCAAAAGGUGUCGCGUCAGCACCGUGACCUUUGCCCUUUUAAGAUGGCGCUGUACUCAAACCGAGCCGUGUCUCCAGCCUUCCUUUGGCGCACCAGGCUGCGUACCACACCUUUCAGUGCGUGUCGUUGGUACCGUGUGUGACUUCUGUUGAUGUGGUUGGUGAUCAGACAAAUAAACUCAUUGUUUUUUUGACAUUGUGUAUAUGACGAUAUAACAAAAAAAAAAACGGGAUCUUCCUUCUGGCUUCAUAAAUGUCCUUGAGAAAAUAAAAAUUGUCCAAAUCGA